UCAGGGCCAGGCCCAGGGUGAAAAACCAAAGGAAAGGAGGAAGUGGAGCAGAAGAAUCCAUCUAAGAGGAGAAACUGGUCCUGCCCAGCCGCCUUCUCUAUCUGUGCCCCUGCUGGCCUCAUCCUGGGAAGCAGGACGUGUUAAGAGCUGAGGAGACAGACAUGGGCCCUGCUGGCUGUCUUUUCCUGCUGUCCCUUCUCAUGGGGACUUUAAGCUCGGAUGAGGAGGAAGCAAAGAAUCUUCUGAAGUCAAUCUGUGGGAGGCCUGCAGUCACUUCCAGCAUUGCCUCAGGCAGGGAGGCCAACGUGGGGCAGUGGCCCUGGCAGGUCAGCAUCCGCCAGGGCUUGUUUCACCUCUGUGGGGCCACCCUCAUCUCAGACCGGAGGGCGCUGACGGCAGCUAGCUGCUUCUGGUCUAAGGACACCAGAAAAUAUAAUGUAGUGGUGGGGUCACUUCAGGCCUUUGAUCACCCAAAAUCCAGAUCAACGAUAAUACCAACAUCCAGGAUUAUUUUCCACCCUGACUUUCAGGAAGACACUUCUAGUGCCAUUGCUGUGGUAGAACUGGCCUACCCAGUUUCUUUCAGCCCCGUAGUCCUGCCCAUCUGCCUCCCCUCAUCUGCAGUCCAGCUGAAGAACGCAACCUCUUGCUGGGUGACUGGAUGGGGCUAUUCUGGGAUAUACCACUAUACCAAGCCACCUUAUACACUGAAGGAGCUGAAAGUGCCCCUCAUUGAUCUCCAGACAUGCAAUGACUACUACCAAAAGAAAAAUCUGUUCCAUGGAGUCAAGCCAAACAUCAGUGAAGCCAUGAUCUGCUCCAAGUUCCCAGUGGAGCAGAUGGAUCACUGUAUAGGCAGCAGAGGAGACCCUCUGAUGUGUCAAGUGGAGGAUUUCUGGGUCCUGGCAGGAGUAAUGAGCUGGGACUCAAACUGCACCCAGACCAAUGAGCCAGGAGUGUAUACAAACAUCAGUUUCUACAAAUCUUGGAUUGAGAAGUCAGCCAUCUCAUUUACUGACUUUUCUGCUACCCCCAGUUUGGACUUCUCUAGGCUCUUCCCUGUUAUAAUCCUUAUGUCACCCAUUUUCCUGGUGCUACCCUAAAUGGGUGAGGUCAGUAUGGUCGGGCUGAAGUGGCAAUUAAAAUGAGGGGGAAAGGAGAAAUUCUGGAAGGUUACAAUUUUGCAGAUUCAGCAAGACAGAUGCAGAUUCUGUUCCCUUCAGGCACAGUUUCCAUUAAGCCUAAUCUAUUUGAUGAACCUUUUAUUUCCCUGACCAACAUCCCCAGCACAAAUAAAACUGGAUUGAU